AUGAAUAUCUCCCAGCCAGUUCCGUCAGCCAUUGAGAGCGUUGAAUUUGCAUUCCUUUCUACGGCUGAGAUCAAAUCUCUCUCUGUGAAGAGGAUAGAGAAUCCUGUUACAUUUGACAGUCUCCUUCACCCAGUCCCAGGAGGUCUUUAUGAUCCAGCACUAGGUGCUUGGGGUGAUAAUAACUGUACAACAUGUAAUCUCAGUUCGUUUUCCUGCCCGGGUCACGCAGGCCAUAUCGACUUACCCGCCCCCGUAUACCACCCUACUUUCAUGGACCAGGUUCUGCGAUUGUUGCGAUCAAAAUGCAAAUACUGUCACCAGUUCAAGAUGUCGCGCAAGGAGGUCAAUCGAUAUGUUUGCAAGUUGCGCCUGAUUCAACAGGGUCUGCUAAGCGCUGCUGAGGAGAUUGAUAAUAUCGAGGUCGCUCAACCGAAGGAAGGGGAAGAACCUGCUAGUGAUUCCGACGAGGAGACUCCUGUUGAUAGUGUCAUCCGAAGGCGGCUUGCAUUUGUCAAAAAAGAACUCAAGGCCGCCAAGGCUUCUGGAUGGGAAUGGAGAAGGGAAAAGCAUGAAGGUGUGGCAGAAGCACGCAGAGUUGUGGUCAAGAGCUUUAUGAAGGCCAUAACUGCAGGGAGAUUAUGUGGAAACUGUCAAGGUAUAUCGCCCACUUACCGCAAGGAUCGCUAUGUGAAGAUUUUCGAGAAGUCCUUGAGCGUCAAAGAUAAGGCCAAGAUGGCCCAAGGCAGCUAUCGAGCUGUGAAUGCCGUGCAAUUGGUUCAUGGCGAGAAGAAAGACCGUGAUGGCGAUGAAGGCAUCGCAGACAUCGACCUGGAAUCAAAUAAAGACGAAGACGAAGGCGAAGGCGAAUCCCUUGAUGUCGAUGGAGAUGUGGUCAUGGAUGGCCCCGCCACCUCAAGCUCCAAACCUCGAGUCGCACCGCUGCCACAGCGGUAUGUUGAUGCCAUGGAGGUCAAAGCCUCUUUAACAUUGUUGUUUGAGAAAGAGCAAGAAAUCUUGUCCCUUGUUUACAACUCUCGGUCAUCCGUCAAGAAGCCAUCUGUGGUUAAGGCAGAUAUGUUUUUCCUACAAACUUUACUCGUCCCUCCGAAUAGAUAUCGCCCGGAAGCGAAGACCGGUGAUGGCGAGAUUUCCGAGGCUCAACAAAAUUCCCUCUACAAGCAGAUUCUGAAAAGUGCUGAUACUGUGAACCAAAUCUAUCUCGAUAUCCAGAAUCCGGACAGGCCCUCGCAAAGUGCAACCUUGAGAAAGAGAGAUUUUUUUGAUCUUCAAGAAGCAUGUUGCUCUAUGCAAGAUGCUGUCAAUUCCUUGAUUGACAGAGAUCGAAAUCCCAUCCAAGGUGCAGCCGGAAAGAAGAACGAGGAUGGUAUCAAGCAAAAGCUCGAGAAAAAGGAGGGUCUUUUCAGAAAGAACAUGAUGGGAAAACGUGUUAACUUUGCUGCUCGCUCCGUCAUUUCUCCAGACCCAAAUAUCGAAACGAACGAAAUUGGUGUUCCUCCCGUUUUCGCCAAGAAGCUCACAUACCCUGAACCUGUCACGAGCCAUAACUUCAAGGAAAUGCAACAAGCGGUCAUCAACGGUGUCGAUAAGUGGCCUGGUGCUGCUGCGAUCGAGAACGAGAAUGGUCAAGUCAUCAAUCUACGUUCGAAGACACAGGAUGAAAGAAUGGCACUGGCGAACCAAUUGCUUGCAUCCUCUAGUAACGGAGCCAGCGGUGCUCGCAAUAAGAAGGUCUAUCGACAUCUUACUAACGGAGAUGUUGUGCUCAUGAACCGUCAACCAACCUUGCACAAGCCUUCGAUCAUGGGUCACAGAGCUAGAGUACUUCCAGGGGAGAAGACCAUUCGGAUGCACUACGCCAACUGUAAUACCUAUAAUGCAGAUUUCGAUGGAGACGAAAUGAACAUGCAUUUUCCACAAACUGAGGUUGCCCGAGCAGAAGCGCUACAGAUUGCCGACACCGAUCACCAAUAUUUGAGUGCUACCGCCGGUAAACCAUUGAGAGGUUUGAUUCAAGAUCACAUUUCCGUAUCCGUUUGGAUGUGUAACAAAGAUACAUACUUUGAUCGAGCUACUUAUCAACAACUGAUCUAUAAUUGUAUUCGCCCAGAAAGUGGACAUAUUUCUGGCGAGCGCAUACAGACUGUUGCCCCUGCGAUCAUUAAACCAGUCGCACGAUGGACAGGAAAGCAGGUAAUUACAACGAUAUUGAAAAACAUCACGCCCAUCAACUGCGCUCCGAUAUCUCUCACAGGAAAAACACAAACUCCGGCUGAUCGAUGGGGUGCGGAUUCAGAGGAAGGUGUUGUUCUUUUCAAAGGCGGUGAAUUCAUCACUGGAAUUUUGGACAAGGCACAGAUUGGUCCUGCUGGUGGUGGUCUCAUUCACUCUGUUCAUGAGGUUUACGGUCCUGCCACUGCUGGAAAGCUUCUCAGUAUUCUAGGUCGUUUAUUGACGAAGUACCUCCACAUGAGGGCAUUCACUUGCGGAAUGGAUGAUUUGAGGCUUACUCCCGAAGGCGAAAAGAUACGUACAGAAACUCUGAUGGAUGCUGGUAAGAUUGGUCUUGAGGUUGCUGCUAAGUAUGUGUCUCUUGAAGACCAAAAGCCUACCGAUACCGAUCAAGAGCUGCUCAAUAGGUUGGAGGAUGUUAUGAGAGAUGACAGCAAGCAGGCAGGUCUCGAUGCGUUGAUGAACGCUCGUGCUGGAAAGCUUUCCACCGCGAUCACUAAUGCAUGCCUUCCCCAAGGCUUGGUCAAGCAAUUUCCGCACAAUCAAAUGCAGAACAUGACAGUUUCUGGCGCCAAGGGUUCUGCGGUCAACGCCAAUCUCAUUUCCUGUAACUUGGGACAACAAGUCUUGGAAGGACGUAGGGUGCCGUUGAUGGUAAGCGGAAAAUCACUUCCAUGCUUUAAGCCAUUCGAGACGCAUGUCAGAGCAGGAGGUUACAUUGUCAAUCGUUUCUUGACUGGAAUACGACCACAAGAAUACUACUUCCACGCAAUGGCUGGUAGAGAAGGUUUGAUUGAUACUGCAGUCAAGACUUCAAGAUCCGGGUAUCUACAAAGAUGUCUGAUCAAGGGUAUGGAGGGUCUUAAGGUUGAGUAUGAUACGUCUGUGCGGGAUUCUGAUGGGUCCAUGAUUCAAUUCAUCUAUGGUGAAGAUGGACUGGAUGUGACGAAGCAAAAGCAUUUGACCGAUUUCAAGUUCUUAUUGCAGAAUCUCAUGUCGGAGCUUUCUCAAUUAAACUAUGGCGACCCACGCUAUGAUACAAUCUUUGAAGAAAAGGAAAUCAUCAUCAAACGGAUGAAGAAAGCCUUGAAACAUGUGAAAGCAAAUGAUCUAAACGGUCCAGAUCCUGUUCUUUCCGAAUACAAUCCCGGUAAAUAUGGAUAUGCAACGUCAGAGAAAUAUUUCGAGACUUUAACGAACUACAUGAAGACGAAUCCGGAUGGUCUGGUUAAGGACAAAGAACAUCCAGAUGGUGUCGGACCAAGAAAGGCCUUGGAGCCUGUUCUUGUUGCCAAAUACUUGAAAUCUGUCGUUGAGCCUGGUGAAGCUGUCGGUAUUGUUGCUGGACAAUCUGUGGGUGAACCUUCCACACAAAUGACGCUCAAUACUUUCCAUUUGGCCGGUCACUCUACCAAGAACGUCACGCUCGGUAUUCCCCGUCUUCGUGAAAUUGUCAUGACGGCAAGUAAUCAUAUCUCAACGCCAUCAAUGACAUUGACUCUCAACGAGGAGCUAACUCCAGACGAAUGUGAAAAGUUUGCCAAGUCCAUAAGCAUUCUGUCUCUGGCUGAGGUGUUAGAUUGGGCUUCGGUCAAGGAGCGAAUUGGACGUGGGGUAGCUUUCCAACAAGCCAAGAUAUACGACAUCCAUAUUAAGCUCUUCCCUUCGAAGGAAUACUGUGAGACUUACGCCAUUGACAUCAAUGAUGUCAUUUUUACACUGCAGCGAAGAUUUACACAGAAACUUCAAUCUCUUACACGCAAGGCUCUUGGAAAGAAGAAGGUUGAAAAGGCGGGAAAAGCAGGUGCAAAUACUGCUGCAGUACCGGAAAUUGGUAAAUCUGUUGGUACGAUAGAAGAAGCUAGACCGGAUGCUGAGAGAGAAUUGGGCGAAGAUGACGAUGAUGAAGAUGGUGAAGAUGAUGCAACCAAUGACAAGCAGAAAGCGAAUCGUGCAGAGGCGGUCAGUUACGCCGCCAACGAUGACGAGGAUGACGCGGUCCAGGCACAAAAUGCUGAGCCGGAAGACGUCGAAGACAUGGAGGAUGAAGGCAUUGGAGGCAGUCCACGUGCACCACAAAGUGAUGACGAAGAUGAGGAAAAUGAUGACAAUGGAGAACGUAGAAAGCGCAAGAUGAACGCUGCCACGGAGGAACUCGAAGCUCAAGUAAUGAAGCGCUGCCAAGAUAUUACUCGCUUCCGCUUCGACCAAGAGAACGCAGAAUGGUGUGAUAUUAGCCUCGAGUAUGAUGCUGAUGUUCCUAAGGUUCUUAUGCUUUCCAUCGUUGAAGAAGCUCUUCGAUCCUGCCUCAUCCAACAUAUCGCGGGCAUUGGAUCAUGUACCUAUGAUGGGGAUAACGAAGUCAAGGACCCCAAAACAGGAAGAACUGUUAAGGUACCAGUUGUUCACACCGAAGGUGUCAACCUCAAGGCAAUGCAAAACUAUGCCGCAUUUAUCAAUCCCAACACGAUAUCGACCAAUGACAUCGCAGCAAUGCUCGAGAAUUAUGGUGUGGAGGCCUGUCGAUCAACCAUCGUCCAGGAAUUGCACAGCGUUUUCGCCGGUCACGCCAUCCAGGUGGACAUGCGUCAUUUAAAUCUGAUUGCAGAUUACAUGACCAGAGGUGGUGGUUUCAGUCCAUUUAACCGAAAUGGAAUGAAGGGUAGUGUCAGCCCUUUCAUGAAGAUGAGUUUCGAGACGACUGUUGGUUUCUUGGCAGAUGCAGUCGCGGAGUGUGAUUGGGAUGACCUGGCCAAUCCAAGUAGUAGGAUUGUGAUAGGAAGGAUGAGUAAGGUGGGCACUGGAGCUUUUGAUGUUCUUACCAAAGUGCCAACGGGAAAGACGGAGGAUGAGGUGAUGGAGGAGUGA